GAGAUAUCUGGAUAGGCGACCAUAUAGAGUCCCAUUCAGCCCCGAUUAUGGACAAAGACAAGCAUUACACAUCACAUCUUUCUCCUUGAGUUCGAUUUCUACUAGUCACCACUGUUGUACAAUUAUUGAUCACAAUGCAGAUGUGGAAGAGUACCCUCACGGUCGCGGCUACCCUGCUGCAACUGACUCAAGCUUCACCAACGCCUCUCAUCAGUCGGUCGGACUGCACCGAUGGCGAAGUCUACAACGGUUUCACGAUCUAUUGUGCCACGGAUCUCGCUGGUGGUGACUUGAGUACCACUCAGGCAACCACCCUUGAUGGAUGUAUUGACACAUGCGUAUCUACGACAGAUUGUGUGGCCGUCAGCUAUGUCGCGCCUUUUUGUUAUCUCAAGAACGUUGCGGAAGGCACAUCCAGCUCUGCAAACGUGAUCGCAGCCAUGAUUGAAAGCACCGGUCCCUGCUCCAGCGACAGUAGUGCGUCGAGCUAUACUAGUGGAGACGACACCUUCAGUGUUACUUGUGGCUGGGACUAUAGUGGCUAUGACAUUUCAAACGAGCAGACCACUACUUUUGAGGGCUGCAUGAACGCAUGCGCCGCUGACAGCCAAUGCUAUGCAGUCUCCUAUACGACUGGAAGUUGGUGUUACUUGAAGAGCGCCGGCGUCGGAGGUUCUGCGAACGCCGACGUCAACGCUGCCAGUCUCCCUUUCAGCUCGACGACGACGACUACCACUACAUCAACUACCACGGCAACGAGCAGCACUACUACUACAGCAGUAGCUACAGGACUCUGCAUCAAUGAUCAAGGCGAUGGGUCAUCCUUCACGUCUGGUUCGAAGACCUACACCAUCUCCUGUGGAUUUGAUUAUUAUGGCUACGAUAUUUCCAUGGUUCAAACAAGCACUUUCGAGGACUGCGUGUCAGCAUGUUCUUCCGACUCGGACUGUACUGCACUGUCGUGGACCAUCUCUGGGUUCUGCUACAUGAAAAAUGGUGUAUCCGUUGGUGAUGCUGAUGCCGAUGUCAUGGGCGCGUAUGUUCCCUCAGCCAGUUCCACAACCACAACCACGACUUCAACAACUACGACAGGUACCACUUCAUCUACCACAACGACCACAACCGCACCAUCGACUACAACAACAACAACCACAUCAUCACUCACGCCAUCAACUACUACAAGCACGACCUCAUCAUCAACCACGCCAUCAACUACUACAAGCACGACCUCAUCGACCACAUCAAGUACGACCACAUCGACCACAUCAAGUACGACCACAUCAACAGCCACACCAACUACGACAUCCACAACCACGACGACUACAACCGUGCCUACCACUACAACAACUACAACAACUACAACAACGUUGACAACCACAUCAACAACUACCGCAAACACAUCAGCAUCCACCACCACGUCGACAACUACAAGUACCGUGCCAACAACCACGACCAGCUCGACAAGUACAACAACCACGAGCACGACCACUUCAACAACCACCGUGGUUCCUACAACUACCACGACUACCACAAUUCCGACGACUACCACAACUAGCACUUCAAGUUCCACAACCACCACAACCACUACUACAGUUCCGAUUACUACAACAACUACAACUACCCCCAGUACUACCACGACUGUACCGACGACUACAACCACGCUCGUAACAUCCACUACCACGUCAAAGGCCACUACCACAAGCACUACCAGCACCACAACCACUUCGACCACGAAGACAACCACGACAAAGGCCACCACCACUACCACCAGCACCAGCUCCAAAAGUACUUGUGCUACCGCAAAUGCCCAAUGUGGUGGAUGGUUCUGGAACGGUGCUACGUGCUGCUCGAGUGGCUACAAGUGUCAAGAGCAGAACAUUUUUUAUUGGGAGUGUGUACGAAAUUAGGACUGCAGUUAUUUCGUGGUCCGUAGCAUGUUAGUUAGAUUUAGCGAGAAUUGAUACCCACUUGUUGCC